ACAUAUCCAUGUUUUGUCAGUUAAUUGUCACUCCAAUUACACCAUAGCCACAAGUGUCAAGUGGGCCGGAGUCAAUCAGUCGUCGGCUAUAGCUUGAUCUUUCAUCUAUUUAGUUGCAGCCCAUUGCAGCACCAUCGCCUUCAGCUAGAGCUUCAGCACAAUUGCACACCCGUCCACAAACUUAACCAAAGAUGACCAAGUUUGAGUAUGACCAUCGGCUUGUUCUUCUUCCUUGCCAUCUUCUUCUCUGCCUUUCAGUGAUCUGCAGCUGCAGCGCGGAAGCGCCGGCAGCGGCAGGCCACCGGCCCGGGUGCCCGGCCAAGUGCGGCGACGUCGACAUCCCGUUCCCCUUCGGCAUCGGCGAGCAGUGCGCGCUGGACGGCUUUCAGCUCGGCUGCAACAGAAGCAUUGGCAGUAGAGGCACGGGCAGUACCAGCAGCAAGCCUUUCUGGGGGGAUUUCGAGGUGAUGAGCAUCUCCGUGCCGGACGGCAAGGUCCGGGUGAAGACGCUCAUCUCCUCGCUGUGCUACGACCCUGCCACCAACCUCACCACCCCCUUCGAGGCGUCCUCAGACUUCACCAAUUCAGGUUUCUGGAUUUCGGACGCCGACAACAAGAUCGUCGUCAUCGGCUGCUACACUCUGGCUUACAUGAUGAGCUCCUCCUAUGUGAUAGGUUGUCUGUCAAGAUGCGACGAUGCACUGCCACUUCAGAACGGCUCGUGCUCCGGCAACGGCUGCUGCCAGGCGGACGUCCCGAAGGACAUAACGUAUUACGAGAGCUAUUUCAACGAGCGAUACAACGGCAGCGUGACAUGGAGGCAGCAAGACAGGCGCUGCGGCUACAUGGCGGUGAUGGAAAAGGCGGCUCUCGACUUCCGCCCGAGCUUCGUCACCUCCACGGUGUUCAACGACACCAACAACGGGAAGGUCCCGGUCAUCCUCAACUGGCUGAUCGCGCAGGUUUCUUGCCGGGUUGCUAGGCAGAAUAUGAGCACCUACGCGUGUGUCAGCAGCAACAGCCAGUGCCUCGAUUCCACCGGUAAGCAGCCAGGUUACCGCUGCAGGUGCCGGAAUGGAUAUGAAGGCAACCCUUACAUCACUGGUGGAUGCCAAGAUAUUGACGACUGCCUUGGAAAUUCCAAUCUAUGCCCAUUUGGGGUCUGCGUGAACACGCCGGGGGGCUACAACUGCCCAUGCCACCCGGGGAAUUCCACCAUAAACGGCGUUUGCGUGCCAAUUCAGAAGCCUUCCCGUUUUCCUGCGCUACCGGUUGUAGGCGCAAGUGUUGGACUCGUCAUCAUUGUGAUUGCUAUAGCAUGCGCAUGCUUGAUCCGCGAGAGAAAGAAAUCACAGAAGAUGAAAGAGAACUACUUUCGGCAGCACGGUGGCCUACUAUUAUUCGAAGAGAUGAAGUCAAAGCAAGCCAAUUCAUUCAAAAUCUUCACGAAGGAAGAGCUACAGAAAGCCACGGACAUGUUCAGUGCACAACGGAUAGUGGGCCGGGGAGGAAACGGAACUGUGUACAGAGGACUUCUGGAGGGCAACGACCUGGAGGUAGCAGUCAAGAGAUGCAUGACGAUCGACGAGAAGCAGAAGGCAGAGUUUGGCAAAGAGAUGCUGAUCCUGUCCCAGAUCAACCACAGGAACAUCGUGAAGCUCCUCGGGUGCUGCCUCGAGGUGGAAGUCCCCAUGUUGGUGUACGAGUUCAUCCCGAACGGCACGCUCUUCCAACUCAUCCAUGGCAGCCAUGGCCAACGCCUCUCCCUGGCCGCUCGCUUGGAGAUCGCCCACGAGUCCGCCGACGCGCUCGCCUACCUCCAUUCGUGCGCUUCGCCGCCCAUCCUCCACGGCGACGUCAAGUCCUCCAACAUCCUCAUCGACGCCGACCGCAAGGCUAAAGUCUCCGAUUUCGGCACCUCCAUCUUGGGGGCGACCGACGAGUCACAGUUUGCAACAUUUAUGCAGGGGACGUGUGGGUACCUCGACCCGGAGUAUGUGCAAACUUGCCGGAUGACAUAUAAGAGUGACGUGUACAGCUUUGGGGUUGUCCUUCUGGAGUUACUCACGCGGAAGAAGCCGGUCAAUCUCUUCGCCGCUGAACACGAGAAGAGCCUGUCCGUGGUGUUCUUGUCUGCGAUGAAGGAGAAUAAGGUUGCGGAGAUCCUGGAUGAGCAUAUUAAGGACGAGGAGGACAACGCAAGGUUUAUUCAAGAGAUUGCGGAGCUAGCGAAGCAGUGCUUGGAGAUGUAUGGUGAGAACAGGCCAUCAAUGAGGGAAGUUGCCGAGAAGCUUGGCGGGCUGAGGAAGGGGAUGCAUCACCAUCCAUGGGGGAAGGAAGCACAAGAGGAUACGGAGAGCUUGCUUGGGGAGCCGUCGUCCAUGGCCAGCUCGACUGUCAGCACCGAGAAGAUAGGUAUUACGGGUCUGCAGUCAGGGCGUUAAGAGUUAUCAAAUUGUAUCUUUUGUUUUGGCUGCAAAAUAUGCAGAAAAUUGUUGCAGCUAAAUAGCUUUAAUGUGUUAUCUAGUCCUCCUCCGGUGUUUCAACUUGAUUUGUUGGGACUUCUGUCUUUA